UUGUGAUGUUUAUUUUAUUUUAUUUCUUGAUUCCAUUCGGUUUCUUGUAUUUCUGUUUGGACCGUCGUAAUCAUGGCAACCGCUAGAAAUCGUAGUGGCAACCAGAAGGACUCUGGAAUUUUCCACAUCGGCGAGCCGCAGUUCAAGGUGCCGCAAUCCCUUCGCAUGGAACGCGACUUCUACAGCUCCCGGCUGUUCCAGCAGAUGCAGCACGACCUGGAGAAGGUGAACCGCAGUCAGGAGCUGUCCAAGGAGAACCCCAUGACGCGGGACUUCGUCGAGAAGGCAGCGAUGACGCAGGAAAUGCAGGCGAUUAAGCACGCGGAGUUUGUGGAGAAGAAGCGUCGCCAGCAAUUGCGGCGGGAUUGCGAGGAGCUGAGGGAUUUGGCGGAGCAGCUGCGUCUGGCAGCCAUUUCCAAGGAGCUGGCCGAGAGUCUGGAGGAGCGGAAGCGCCAGCGACAAAUGACCGUGCGAGUGGAGGCCCAGGAAGUGGCCGACGAGCGGUGCCUAAUGGAUGAAAAGGAACGCGAAAAGGAGGCCGCUCUCAAGGAGGAACAGCGCCGCCUGAGGGAUUCCCUGGCUGGGCAAAUGGAGGAGAACCGGCGGCGGCGGCAGCAGGAGCACGCCCAGGUGAUGAACGACCGGGAGCUCAGCCUGCUGAGGCAGAAGCAAAUCCAGGAGGAGGAUCGCGCCCAGCAGCUGGAGGCGGAGCGCAAGAAGCUGCAGAAGCGACAGGACAUGCUGCAGUCCAUCAAGGAGAACCAGGAGCACCGGGAGUGGCAGCGGGCCCAGAACAACUACGAGCUGGGUGAUCUCGCCCAGACGCAGAGCGAAAUGGAUCGCAGAAAACUGCAGCUGGAGGAGGAGCGGCAGGAGGUGCAGCGCAAGAAGCAGGAGAUCAGCAUACGCCUGGGUCAGCAGGUCCUCGAGAUGGAGACCAAAAAACGUCAUCGGGACAACCUGCUGCUGGAUCUGCUGGAGGCGGAGUACACGGCCAAGAGUGACGAGCGCUUCCGCCAGCAGAUGCAGCAGGAGCAGGUGUCGCGGCGGCGCACCAGGCAGGAGUUGGAUCGCUAUCGCCAGGAGGUGGAGCAGCGCAAGAUGGCCCAGCUGCAGCUGAAGCGCGCGGAGAUGGCCGCGCGGCAGGAGGAGGCGCCGGAUGUGAGCAGCCAGGAGGCGGAGAAGCAGCUGGAGGACUACCGCAGGCGCAGGGCCCACGGAGCCACCUUGCUGGCCAUGAUCGAGGAUAAUCAGCGCAAGCGGGCGGAGGCCACCGCCGAGAAUGUGCAGUACUUCGACGCGAAGGCCAGGACCGAGGCCGAGCAGCAGGAGCGCAUCAAGCAGGAGCGUCUGACCAUGUUGGGCCAGGUGCCAGCCUCCGUGCUGCGGUAUUUGCCCAAACAUCUCCUCACUGCGACGGAUCGCGAGCACUUCUGUCACGAAAAUCUGCAGGCAUUGGGCGGUGGUGAUUCCUAAUUUGCUUUUAGAUAGAUAGACAAUUCCAAGAAGGUCAUGUUUAUUUUUAAUGCGCACUACUUUGGCCUCCCGAAAUAUACAAUUUCA